AUGGACCCCGGAUUCCCCGAUGUAAUGGCCGAUGGAUACGGUUCCCGGCACGAAGAUCUUAAUCAAAAAGCGGAUUUAACUUUGAAAGGCGUACCUAACAACGAACCUAUUAAUGUCGAGGCAAACCCGGAGGAGCUGAUGUUGCCGUUUUAUGUUCGUUAUGUCAAUUGGACUCUUAACCCUGUAGAGUCUCCCCCACGGCAACAUAGUCCCGUCCGAAAUAGUCCACCUCCUGUUUCCUCGCCUGCUCGAAGAAGGAUGUACAAGUCCGAAAUACAAACAUCUUCGACUGAAUCUGCCACAAAUGCUUCUUCCUCGCAACAUCUUGAAACAGAAACAAGUUAUAUGUCACACGACACAUCAAGAUUGGAAAAGAAGAAGAAGACGAGCACAAAGGCAUUAGUGAAGCGUCUACUAGGCGUUGUGGCUGACUUAAGUUCUAAAGUAGACCGUGUAUUACAGAAAAAAGAUGAACCCGACACAAAUUUUGAACCAGACAGAAGGUUUCGAGAGGAGGAAGAGAUGAUAAAUGAAGAGGAGGAAGAUACACAUUUUGACUAUGAUAAUAUAGGUAGUCAUGGUUUGGAGGGGGAAUUUGAGUCUACACCUACGCAUGUUGAGCCGUCAUUGGACGUGGGUGAACAUCACACAAAAGAAAUGACUCCUAUUGUUAGGCCGCAACGAAAGAGGGGUGUUCCAUGGUAUCAGCGGACUCCGUUCACAGUGAUGCAAUCCACACCAAAAUUGAAGAAAAUCACCAAAGCAAAGAAAAAAAAAGUGGUGAAGAGUCCUGAAAAAGCAAAUGAAGACAUUGUGAAUGAAGAGAGUAAUGAUGUUUCAAAUCAUCUGCUGCUCGACAGUGUUGAAGCUGCCAGUACGUUGACUUUUUGGAAAGAAUGGAAUAGUAUCUCUUCCAACCUGAACACUAAACAUAGGCUGCAUAUGCUGACACUGGAUGUGGAGUUUUGGUCGAGGAAUAUUGCAAAUGGUGUCGGAGGCCAUCCUAAAUGGAAGGAUGUGGAUAUGGUUCUAUUCCCCAUAAACGUUCCUCAUGCCCAUUGGUUUUUGGCAGUGCUACAUUUAGAUAUUUGGAAAGUACACAUUUAUGAUUCAGCACGAUGUAUGAAUUACUUCACAACGUACUUGACUGGUGGAGAAUUCAAAAGUUUUGGGGAUAGUAUAAUCGAAGAGCUAGAUGCGAUUGACUACUGGAAGGAUUUCCCCGAUGGACACAAAGAGAACGCAGUUGUGGAGUUUAUUGAUAUUGUAGACGCGCCACAACAAGAAUAUAUUGCUAAUAGAGGAGAUUGUGGAGUAUUCGUAAGCAUGUAUAUGGAAAUGAUUGCUUCGGGGGUACCGGUGAAGAGUGAUAAGCCAUGUAGAGAUGCGGGAUUUCUUUACAGAAAUAGGAUGACAAAUAUUAUUUGGGAUACUAAAUAACUUGAUGUUUGGAAGUUUGUAUACAUUAUUAUGAAAUACUUGUUUUUAGU